AUCCCUUGACACAUUCGCGAGCAGUCCUCCAGGGAUGUGCGGCUAAAUUGCUAGCGGUUGUCUGGGAACUCCAUCCCCCAGAAGGGACGUUCCUCUCCUACAUCGGAGGCAGUAGCAUAGCCGGUCGCUCUGUAUAGAAGGAAGUCUGCGGUUGGAUAUUUUUUGGAUGUUAUCCGACCGACAUGCCUUUGUGUUAGGAGGGGAUGGCGGCGGACGUGCAUAAAGAGACCCGCGAGGAGGGACGCAACGACGGCCAGAAGCGACAACAAUCUCGGGGCUCCAGCUCCCAGAUCUCCACCAGGACUUACACCCUGCUACUGGUUCUUGCUGUUCCUCUCCUGGCGUGGGCCAUCAAGUACUAUCAAGAAACCCACCUUCAAAAUAGACACGAGGAGAGUGUGCAAACUCUGGGUGCCGAGGGGCUUUUUCUCUUCUCCUCUUUAGACACCAACCAUGACCUCUAUCUCAGUCCGGAGGAAUUCAAACCGGUUGUGGAGAAACUCACAGGGAUUACACCACCGCGGGACAUUGAAGAUGAGGUGAUUGAAGACCCAGAUGGGGAGACUUUAACGCUGGAGGCCAAAAUGGAGCCUCUGCUCAUGGACUCCAUGACAAAAAGCAAAGAUGGCUUCCUUGGGGUCUCUCACAGCUGCCUGAGUGGUUUGCGCUCAUGGAAGAGUCCAGCCGUGCCUUCCUCUUCUUUCUUCGCCAGCCAGUUCAAGGUCUUCCUUCCGCCCAAGAAUAAGCAGGAGGUUGGAGAUACAUGGUGGGUGAUCCCAAGCGAACUCAACAUUUUCACCGGGUACCUGCCCAACAACCGCUACCACCCUCCCACACCAAAGGGCAAAGAGGUUCUCAUCCACUCACUGCUGACCAUGUUUCACCCCCGACCCUUCAUAAAAUCUCGCUUUGCGCCUCAGGGCACCAUCGCGUGCAUACGUGCCAGUAACGACUUCUAUUACGACAUUGUGUUCCGGAUUCAUGCAGAGUUCCAGCUAAACGAUGUCCCCAACUUUCCCUUCUGGUUCACGCCAGGCCAAUUCACAGGCAACAUUGUCCUCGCGAAAGACGCUUCUCACGUGCGGCACUUUCACCUCUACGUCCCCAGUGACAAGUCGCUGAAUGUGGACAUGGAGUGGCUGUAUGGCGCUAGCGAGAGCAGCAACAUGGAGGUGGACAUAGGCUACCUGCCACUGCUGGAGUUGCAGUCCACCGGGCCGUCCAUUCCCUCCGUCAUCAUGGACGAAGAGGGCAACGUCAUCGACAGCCGAGGCGGCAGCGCUGAGCCGAUCCAGUUUGUCUUUGAGGACAUUGACUGGAGCGUAGAGAUCGAUCAAAAAGAAGCCGCCCGUCGCCUGGAGGUCACCCUGUAUCCCUUCAAGAAGGUGUCCUACCUGCCUUUUUCGGAGGCCUUCCAGCGAGCCGAAGCAGAGAAGAAGUUGGUGCAUUCCAUUCUACUUUGGGGAGCACUAGACGACCAGUCCUGCUGAGGUGAGACCGUCAGGUUCAAAUGUAACUCUUUGAGAGUCGAUGACGUGAAAUAUCAUCAACGGAAACCCUAAUGAGGAUUGCCAGCAAUGGAAAAUGUCGUCAACUACCUUUUAGUUAUGGGAAUAGGCAGAAGAAAGUAUUUUCCAGCUUUGGUUUGACCAUUAAAUUCGGAAAGGGGGGGGGGCCUUAACUAUGGCCAGCAGAUGGCAGCAUUUGGAUCUCUUUUGGAUGAGAUCACCAUGUAUGCAUGCCUGAAUGCACACACA